GCGCUGGGAGACCGGAUGCUGAAUCCCGCGGUCACAAGCCGCGGGGACGCCCUCGCGGCCACGGCCACGGCCCCAGCGCCCGAAGAUCAGGAGGGCCCUCGGGAGGUGGUCUGCACCGUGACCCUGGGGGACGAGAGUCGCGAGGCCCGGAAGAACCUGACGGCGUACCGCUUCCCAGGGCCCAUUCUGAACCUGAGCGAGCCCCGCGCCCCCGAGGGGUCCACAGUGACCGUGACUUGCAUGGCCGGAACCCGAGUCCAGGUCGCGCUGGACGGGGUGCCGGCCGCGGCCCCCGGGGAGCCCGCUCAACUCCAGCUAAACGCCACCGAGGGCGACGACGGGCGCAGCUUCUUCUGCAGUGCCACCCUCGAGCUGGACGGGGAGAUCUUGCGCAAGAACAGGAGCGUCCAGCUGCAUGUCCUGUACGGUCCCAAGAUUGAUCGAGCCAAAUGUCCCCAGCUCUGGAAGUGGAAAGAGAAAACGACCCAGGUCCUGCAGUGCCAGGCCCGGGGCAACCCGGUCCCCGAGCUGCGGUGCUUGCAGGAAGGCUCCAGGCGCGAGGUGCCUGUGGGGAAACCAUUCUCCGUCAGUUUAGAAGACGGAGGCACUUAUCACUGCCAAGCGGCCAGCUCGCGGGGCACGUACACCCUGGUCGUGGUGAUGAACGUGCAGGAUCAAAAUUCCCUCUCCGCCAACAUCCUUCUGGGGGUGUUAGCGGUCCUGGGCGUGGUGACUGUCGCAGUGGCCUUAACGUACGUCUUCGGGGUGCAGAAGCGGAGCGGCCACUACCGUGUGAAGCAGCGGAGCCCCUCGCUGCCCCUCAGGUCUAUGCAGCCCAGCGAGGCCGUGGGGGAAGACCCGUCCUGA